AUGAAGGUUCUGAAGUACUUGAAGCCGUCCAAAUGCCCGAGCAGGGAGUCAGAGGUCCUCAGCGCCAAGCCGGAGAAGGAGAUUGCGGUUGAGCAGAAUGCGCUAAAGCUGAGGGACCAAAAGCCAGCCGUUGCCACUGACACGUCCUCAGAGUUUUUGGUUUAUCAGGCCCUGGUGAGACGAUGCGUUGCCUAUGAGUUUGCUCGUUUGAUCGACUUUGAGACUCAGCACAAAUGGGUUUCAUGGCUUUUCAAGAUGUUGGCGAAGCAACCCCCGCCUGGCUACAACAAAAUUUCGAUGGCACAGGUCUUGGCAUGCGAUCAGGCUGCUUUUGCGUAUAUGGCGGAGCAUUGUCCGGACCUUCGGCACCCAGACAGAGAUGCUUACCCUUUGCAGAAAUUGAUGGCAGAUAUGUCGACCAAUUUUGAAAUGAUGAUUUAUGCGCAGCCUUUGCCAAAGCCGGCAUCUUCUUCAUCCGCUGCCAGGGUAGCGCCCUACCAGAAGACUCAGCAGAAGAACAAGGACGGCAAAGGCAAGGGCAAGGGCAAAACACGUGGGCCGCCGAUGCCACGUGAACUUGUUGGCAACCCCACCAAGGACGCCAAGGGCCGCAACAUUUGUUUUGCUUACAAUUUGCCUGGUGGUUGCGAUGGCGCCUCCCCGGACCAGAUGUGUCCAAGAGGGGCGCACGUGUGCAUCAAGGCAGGUUGUCAUCAGUUGCAUUCCUUCCAGCAUCACAAGUCUGGUAACUGA